CCAUCCACUAAAAGCUGUAUAAUAUUGCAUACUUUUUGCUGGGAUUGAGUGAAACUAAAAAAAAAAACAAUGUCAUUUUCUAUGAAGUAAAAAAAAACAUAACCUCAAAACUAAAAAAAUAGAAGGUAAAAUUUUCUAUAUAACGAAGUUAAAUUCGAAAACAAUCUGGAAAAUGAGUAUGUUAAUUAGAAAAACAGCUGUUAUGCAUUCUCGAAUCCUGCAUAGAGCGUUUAGCUGUACAUCCUUUAACAGUACUAAGGAAUGGCGCAUAUCUAAAGGUCUGGCUGAAAACCGCACUUCUGAGGGAAUACUCACAGAUGGACCUGAUUAUACCUUUUUAGAUGGUCGGCCUACUCCACUUCUGCACAAGCAAAAGUUAAGGUUGCUGAAACAACGGGAGUAUGUGUCUAAAAUCGUGGACAUGUGUUCGGAGCUGGACUUUGCCAAAGAGAGGUAUCAGAAGACCCUGAAAGAAGAGGCGGAGAAGAAACAGAGAGUUAUUGACAGUUGGCUGAAUCCCAAAGGAAAAGCGUUAUCUAAAAAGUAGUGUUUAAUGUAUAUGUUAGUUA